AAUAAUAAUAAUAUUAUUAAUAAUGAAGAAGAAGAAUUUAAUUAUUCUUCAGAUAAUGAAUAUAAUUUUAAUCCAACAAUUUCUAUGUCUUCAUCAACAGCAGAUCUUACUAUAAUUUUUGGUAAACUGAUACUUUCAAGUUUAACUAGAGAAAAGGAAUCUAAUUUAUUAUUAGGAUUAUCAAUUGAUAUUGAAAAUUUAAUUAAAUCUUCAAAUGAUUCAGUAACAAUAUCAAAUUUUUUAUCAAAAUAUUUAUUUAAUUUAUCAAAUCUUUUUAAAUUAAAUAAAGAUAAUACAAAUAAUAUUGAAACAAAUUUAUCUGAAGAUAUUAUAUUUACAAUUAGAUCAACCCUUAUUGAAAGAAUUUUAGAUAAAAUUUUUAAACUUAAUGAUAAACUUAAAUCUUUUGAUCAAGUAUAUAAUAUACCUCAAAAUUAUCUUAAACGAUUAAUUGAUCUUGCUAAUACUUAUCAAAAACAACAAAAUCCUUAUUAUUUACCUCCAAGAACAAAAUUUGAUCGAGAACAAAAUAUUGAUCUUGAUCUUGAUCCUUUCUUAAUUGGUACAUCUUCAGGAUUAAAUUCAAAUUCUAAACAUUUAAAUCAUUUCUUUAAAUCAACUUUUUUCCCAAAUAAACUUUAUCAUACAUUAACUUAUCAUUCAGAAGAAGUUUGGUUUACAAAAUUUUCUCCUCUGGGUAGAUUUAUGAUAAGUGGAUCACUUGAUGAGAAAUUAAUUAUUUAUGAUGUAAUUAAUAAUUUUAAAGUUUUAAAAAUUUUGCAACCAACUGCUGCUUUAGAUAAUGAAGUAUUUGUACCAUUUUCUUCAAAACCUGCCAGUGAAAAAUCUAAAGCAGUAAUUUAUUGUUGUUGGGAUCCUCAAGAAAGAUAUUUAGUUAGUUGUUGUUUAGAUACGGUAGUUCGAGUUUGGUAUAUUGGAGGUAUUCAUAAUUUAAUUGGUAAACGAAGUAGGAAAGAAUCAGUUAUAACUGGUACUGGUGCCACCACCACCACCACCACCACCAAUACUACGGAUAAUAAUAAUGAAUUUAAAUUAGUAUCAUGUUUUACAUUAGGUCAAGAAAUUAAAACAUGGACUUGUGAAUUCUUACCUACUUCAUCAAAUCUUGCUCGACCUCAUUUUAUAAUAGGAUCUCCUGAUAAAGUCUUAAAGGGAUUUGAUGUAGAUGGAGUUGAAUUAUUUGAUUUUUAUGCGAAUAUUGAAGAUGAUGAAGAUGAAGAUGAAGAAGAAGAUGAUGAUGAAGAUAAAGAAAAAGAUGGUAAUAAUGGUGGUAAUAAAAAAAUUGAAGAUAAAGAAGGAGAUAUUCAAAUGAGAGAUGAAACUGAAGAUACAAAUAGUACUACAACUACUAAUGGUAAUGGUAAAUCUAAAACUAAAUUUGAUAAAUCUUCAUCAUUAAUUAAAAGUAAACUUGAAAAUAAAUUUAAUAGAAUUAAUGAUAUAACCAUUACUCCCGAUGGGAAAUUUUUAAUUACUGCUGAUAGUGACCAUAAACUUCAUUUUUAUAAAAUUCCUAAUCUUUUAAGUCCAGAAUCUACUACAAAACGGAUUGCUUCAAUAACUUUAUCUGGUAGACUUACAUCAUGUUCAAUAUCUAAAACUGGGAAAUUUUUACUUAUAUCUUGUGCACCCGAAGAAUUACAAGUUUGGGAUAUUUCUGGUCUUAAUACAGGAGAUUAUGCUCCAAUACUUUAUCGAAGAUAUUUUGGUCAUUCUCAAAGUGGUUAUAUUAUUAGAUCAGCUUUUGGAUAUUUAGUUGAAGAUGAAGAUGAAGAACAAAUAAUUCUUACUGGUUCAGAUACUGGUUAUAUAUAUUUCUUUAAAUUACAUACGAGUCAAUUAAUUACUCGAGUUAAAGGUCAUGAUGGUUUAUGUAAUUGUGUGGAUUGGAAUCGAUUUGGUAAACGAGCCACUAUAAAUUCAGUUGAUUUAGGUAAAUUAUGGAGUUCUGUUGGUGAUGAUAAUUUAGUAAAGAUAUGGGGUCCAUUUUAGGAUUUGCUACAGU